AUGGCAACGCAGAAGAAGUCCGGAGCGACGGUCGGUGGCUGGGGCUGGGGCGGGGCGCAUGAGGGAGAGCAGGGCUUCACGAGCGAAGACGAGGAACUGCUGCGGUGUUUUGGGCUGGCCGCUGGCGUUUUGAUGCAGAAGGUGGAGGCCAUCGAAAAAACGACGAUUCAGAACCAAAAGUAAGCACGAUGACUGGAUGUGUGUGUGCGUGUGUGCACGUGCUGUUGAGCCCACAGACCACUUUCUCGACGCUUUGCCCUGCAGGAUGAAAGAUGCGGUAGAGCUUGCCUUGAAGCUGUCCAGCACGAAGACCUUCAAAGAACUUUUUACGUGUCUCGAGAAGUCAUUGCCCCACGUCGUUGAAACCCCAGCUGUCCGCCUUUUCUGGUCGACCGCUUCCACAUCGAUCGCUUCUUCAGGUAAGCUCAGAAUGCUCGAGCCUUCGGCGGAUCAGCUUUAUCUGUCGCAUUGUUGCAGAUUUGCUAACGGCGAGAGGGUGGCUUUUGAUGAGUUCAGAGGCCUCGCAGGGGCGGUGCUCUACGACGGUCGCCAAAUGUGUGUGCCCCAGGCCAAUGCCGACGACAGGUCGCCACUCGAAGCACUGACAGGCAUCCUAGUCAACAAUGUCGUACCAUGUCUCAUGUCUCGUGCGCAGAUUUGACGCAGGUGUCGAUCUUGAUGUGCCCUUGGGAAUGUCUGUGGUGCCCAUCAAGCUGACAGAUGAUCCGAGUGCGGUUGUUAAAGGCUGCCUGCAGGUCGCCCACCCCCGAGGUGCUGUCGAGCACCACACGGGCAGGUCGGCCGUGGACAGAGACAUCCUCUCAUACCUGGUACGCUUUGGCGGCAGGUCUUCCCGACCGAUUGGCUUCGCUCGUGUCUGUCUGUUGUCAUCAGGUCCGCCUCAUCGCUGCUGUGAUCGACAUGCUGUGGCACUCGACUAGGGGGAACGAGCCGCUAUCGAAGAUGGCAUUGGAGACGCCAGCACCAGCCCAACGGCGGAAAACCGCCCACUUCUACCGGUCCGCCACACUGGGUCAUCCUUCGUCGUCACCGCUGAGCCCCCUGCGAGACAGCAGAAGAGGGAGCUCCAGCAAUAAGGAGGACAGCGACGAUUCGGGCAGUGACAAAGCGACAUCGGGCCCACGACCAAACGAGCUUGCCUUCUCUUUUGAGAUAUCGCUUCCAUCGCCUCCCGAGGAGCUGCGACCGGAGGCGUUGCCGGAGGGGCGGGACAUCAGACUGUCCACUGGCGGCGAUUCCUGCAGCACCCCCCUCACGAGCCCGUUCUGCUCGCCUGUACCGCAUUUGCAUACCAGAGGACUCGAUGACUUGCGGCUGUCGGCCGUUGAUGCUACUUCUGCUGCUGAUGGUCAGGGAGACGGAAACGGCACGCAGCCGCCUCCCGUGCAUGCGCGUGGCCCUUGUUUAUCGACACCAUCACCCCUCGACUCGUAUUUUCGAAGCGAGAGUGGAGCGGCCGGAGCACCACCCCCGGCUGAGGACCUCUCGGAGCUGAUUGUGUCUCGGGGAAGUCUGUCGGUGUCUUCGAGUGACCCCGCCUAGCGAGUGGCAAACCACGACUGCAUGCAUCACAAGAUGCUGAGAUUGUGGCAAGUGGGAUGCGGGGGUUCGUGCUGUGCACAGUGAGCCCGACAUUCUGGUCGGCUUAGGCGAGGGAGACGUGCUUCCUUUCAUUCAUGCUUGAGUCUCCGCUCAGUACGUGUUCUUCUUGGUUUGGUUGACGUGAUGGAUUGACGAACUAACUUGUAUGUGCGUGCGUCCCUGACAAAUGGCAUGGCUUCAUUAAAUGCGAAAUUCUUAUACACACAG